GAGUCUGCGAAACACAAGGAGUCAUACUGAGGUCAGGUCAGGUUCAGUAGUGACUUUACACAUGAAAUCAACUGGCUCUCUAGCUGUCUUCCCUUUGCCACCAUCUUAACAGAUGCAUGCACCCUCUCAAGAAUAUGGUGUGAAGUUUUUCUUGCAAACAAUAAAAUUUAAACUUCCUAGCCAGAGACUUCCAUGAAAGGUGACAGGGCAGGCCAGGAGUUUGGCAGUGUCCCUGAGCCACUUCAGAUGAGCAGGAUUCCUUUCAUAAUUCCCUAAUGGAGGGCUGUCAAGGAUAGAGGUGGCCAUCCUGAUCUGGCCUCUGGAGUCAUGUCAUCUUCUCCAAGUGGAUCAGAAAGGAAGAAGCCAGUAUUUAAGAGGUCGAACCUCUUGUUCUUCUCUGUUCCCUGAAUUGAUCACCUAUAAAAAAUGACCAACUUUCUUGGGAAAAGGAUACUCUUCUUCAUAGUGCACAGUCUAUAGCCUUUUACUCCAGAGCUGGGCUUGCAGUCAUGGAGGAACAUCAGCAGCAUUUACACUGUGUAAAUUGCAUCAGUCGGCGUUGCAUGACUAGACCAGAGACUGGGGUUUCCUGCGACUUGAUUGGCUGCCCCUUGGUUUGUGGAGCAGUUUUUCAUUCAUGCAAAGCUGAAGAACAUCGCAUUUUAUGUCCACUUGAAAGAGUGCCUUGUUUGAAUAGUGGCUUUGGAUGUCCUUUUAUUGUAGCCCGAAACAAAAUUGCUGAACAUCUAGAGAUGUGUCCUGCAAGUGUAGUAUGUUGUACUAUGGAAUGGAAUAGAUGGCCUGUCAGUUAUGCAGAUCGGAAAUCUUAUGAAAAUCUAAGUAAAGAUGUUGAUGAAGUGGAACAGCUAGACAUGGCUUUAGCCCUUCAAGACCAGCGCAUGCUUUUAGAAUCCCUCAAGGUAGCAACAAUGAUGUCAAAAACAGCCAAUCAAAUACCAGAACCCAGAGAACCACCUUCAGUUAAAUCAAGUAUCCCUGCUGCAACACUUUCAAAUGGUUUACUGCCUGCUGAUGAAGAUUCUUAUAGUGCACUAUAUCAGGCUACUGUAGAAACAACAAAGAGUUUAGCUGCUGCAUUAGAUAUCCUAAACACUGCUACAAGAGAUAUAAGCAUGUUAAGUUCAAGACUCUGUAUCUCUCCAUAUGAGAUGAAAGAAGAUAUCCAAAUUAAAGAACAAACUUUUAAUGGAAGUAUGCAGAGUGAAAAGUCGGCCCAUGAAUAUCUAGAUGAGGAUAAUUUAGGAGCAGUUGGUGGAAUUGACUUUGAUGUCUUGGGUCAAAGUUCACAAUCAGAACAAAAUGGCUCGAGUGAUUUUUGUUACAAUUUAGUACAAAAACAUGACUUGAAUUUGAAUCUUAAUAAUUCUUCAGGGCUGUGUAAUGGCUUCCAUUUGGAAAACGUAAGUGCAGAGGUGUUGGACCAGAAUGAAAUUCUUGAUAUAUCUGAUUCAAAAUCAUGUAAUGUAGCAAAUGGUGAAUGUAUUGCAUCUUCUGAUGAUGGAGCAUUGAAGACUUGCAGCUCUUUUUCUGUAGCAACACAACAGCUUAGAGAAGUAAUACCACCGGACAGCUUGCUUAAUGGCACUGUUAGUCAUAUACUGCUACCACCCUGUAAUGUUAGUGAAGAAGAGAUGUUAGAAAGACAAGUAGAGCAAGAAAGAUUGCGAAAUGUGGAUGUGUUUUCUUUAAUGAGGCAUCGAUCAUACAGUUUCCUUGUUCACCACUAUUGGUCUACGCCAAAAGAAGACAAAGCUGUUGAUACCUCAGAUUUGGAAAUAACAGAAGACCCUAUGGGUCUUCAGGGCAUAGAUCUAAUCACAGCAGCUUUGUUGUUUUGUUUGGGAGACUCUCCUGGUGGAAGGGGAAUAUCUGAUAGUCGCAUUGUCGAUGGAUAUCAUGUUGAUUUUGGAACUCAAACAUUCUCUCUUCCUUCUGCAAUAUUAGCCACUAAUACAAUGGUAGGGGAAAUAGCAUCAGCUUCUGCAUGUGAUCAUGCCAACCCACAGCUCUCAAAUCCAAGUCCUUUCCAAACACUUGGGCUGGACUUAGUACUGGAAUGUGUCGCUAGAUACCAAACAAAACAGCGUUCAAUGUUUACAUUUGUUUGUGGACAGUUGUUUAGGAGAAAUGAAUUUUCUUCACAUUUUAAGAAUGUGCAUGGUGACAUUCAUGCUGGCCUUAAUGGCUGGAUGGAGCAGAGGUGUCCUUUGGCAUAUUAUGGGUGUACAUACUCUCAACGUAGAUUUUGCCCUUCAGCGCAAGGGGCAAAGAUUAUACAUGACCGCCAUUUAAGGUCAUUUGGAGUUCAGCCUUGCAUAUCUACGGUAUUAGUUGAACCAGCUAAAAGCUGCAUCAUUGGACUGCGUAAUGACCAUCUGAGUAGUCUUCCUUUUGAAGUUCUACAACAUAUUGCUGGUUUUCUAGAUGGCUUUAGUCUGUGUCAGCUUUCAAGAGUGUCACGAUUAAUGCGAGAUGUAUGUGGAAGUUUGCUUCAGGCACGUGGUAUGGUCAUACUGCUUUGGGAAAAGAGAAGGUAUCCAGAUGGAAGUUCUUCAUGGCAAAUAAAAGAAAAGGUGUGGCGAUUCAGUACAGCCUUUUGUACCGUGAACGAGUGGAAAUUUGCUGACAUCGUGAGCAUGGCAGACCACUUGAAAAAAUGCAGUUAUAAUGCUGUGGAGAGAAGGGAAGAGGCUGUCCCACUGCCAUGUAUGUGUGUAACACGAGAACUUACUAAAGAAGGACGUUCACUACGAUCUGUCUUGAAACCUGUACUUUAAAUUUAAGAAGUCACUCCACUUGCACAUACACUCAAGCACCUGAUAUAACCUCUGUGUAAUAUUACGUGACACUUUAUUAAUGUACUAAAGAUAAUUUCUAGUUAAAUCUACUCUGUCACUAUGUAUAUAAGGUUUUGAAGUGACAUUUAUUUUUUAUAAUGUUGAUUAGUUGAAAGUAAUGGAAGUUGCCUUAAUGUUUGAAAAAAAAAAUGGAACUUGCUGGACAGGGUAGUUUUAUCUAACUUAUAUAAUUUUAAAAAAAUCCCUAAGGUGUGUUUUCUGAUCCACUGGUGCCCAUGUUCUGUUGAAUUAAUAACUUUUCAGAAAUGGUCUUUAAAAGAUCUGCACAUUCAGAUGGAAAACUUUGAAUUGUAGAGAGAGAAGUUCCUGACCAAACACACUUUAUGCAUUUGGACUUUUUUAACAAGUUAUGAUCUAAAUAUUCAAAAGUUGAAAAUAAUUCCAAAUUUUGUAAUGGGUGUCUCAGACAAAUGCAUAAUUUUAUAAGCAUAUCUGUGAAGUUUUCUUAAAAUAUAGUCAGUAUUCUAGUGCUCUUCCUAGCUAACACACAAGUGACCUAGGAUGUGCAUUUUUUUAAAAUUGUAGCAAUCAUCUAAGUGAACUCUGAUUUACAGCAGAUUAAUUUUUAGCACAGCUUCCUUUUGAACAGUCAGCAAAGGUUGCUUUCCUUAGGAACUAUUAUUUCACUUUUGGCAGCAAAACUGUUAGUUAAAACCAUGAAAUAUUAGCCCUUGAUGUACACCUAGAUUGGCAUUUGAGUUAAAAUAGUUUUCCAAUUCCCCUGCUCCUAUAGUUGACGAAGGAGAAAAUGCUUCAACGAAACUAUUUCUAGUCAGGAAUUGGAAGUAUGUAAUAAACAACUGUAGAUUUAAAAUGCAGCUAAUGAAAGGGCUUUACUUGUUUUAUGGCAUUGUGUAAGAUACUGUCUUUCCUUUCUGUUAAUUUGUCAGUAAAAUGCUACUCUUACUGGGGGACAUUUUAAGUUGCCUAAGAGUAUCAAAAUGUAUCAUCUUCAUAAGAUGAGACAGAAUCCAUUAAUUGCAUAAGGCAUAUCUUAAAUGCGUGUUCACCCGCAUAUUUGAUUAAAUGAACAAUUCCAAAUUGUUUCCUCUGUCUUCCAUGAGAGAACUUGUAUAGCCUUUAUGAACAGGAAACACAUGCUAUGAAAAAUGCCCUCAUAAUAGCAAAACUGCCAUAGCUUAUCUCAAAGUGACUUUCAGACUUGUUUGAAUUGGUAUGGGUGUUGCUAGCCUGUUGCAUUUAAUAACUGUGCUGCAAGCUAAUGCAGAUAGACCAGUGUUUGGAACAAUGAAAUACAGUAUGUAUUUCCACUUUAGGAAAAACAAGAAACUAUUAAAAGGAGGAUGUUUACAGAAAUGACUAGAUUUAAAGCUUGUAAUUUCUGUAAUAGACACUUGUUUAUGGCUACCCUGGCAACAGUUCACAAUUGCAGUAUCUGUGUGUUUCCCAUGCUGGGUACAAUCCAGCUAAACAAUUGCUGCCUUUCUCUGUCCAGAAUGCUAAGGAUGCUCCAGAAAGAAAACAAAUCCAGUUCUGCAAUGCCAUAUGGUGAAACUGUUGAAGAGCUCAAGCAAAAGUUUUUCCUGGAUUUUGGGAUCAUGUGUCUUCUCUUUAUAUUUUUUUUUCUUUCCACCUUGGCUGCUUGGAAACUUUGAGAGAGAACCUACUACAGAAGUUUUCAGUUUGUAGUAAUUUUCCACACAGCCAUGGUGGUGGCUAAUGGGAACAUGGAUGGAUAUACUAGUUGGGACAAAGAAACAGGGUUUAGCUGGAGAUAGAGGGAUUCAUGCCUUCUGGCACUCUAGGUAAAUUGUAAUACUAGGUAACUAAAAACCAAGAGAAAUAAACUUCAGUUCUGUAUCUCUCCGGUACAGGUAGGAGAAACCGGAGUUGUCAGAGUGGAAGAACCCAGACUGUCCAGCCAACAUCUUCUUUUUAAAGAAUGGGUAAAUCAGAAUCAUGAUUUUUUUUAUAGGAGAACUGGGCUGGGAAGAGGUGCUCUUGGUGUCUAGAGAGAGGAGGGUACUGCAAUUGCAGGAGCUCAUGUUGACAGAAUUUAGCCUGUAACACAGUGCAACUAUGCAUCUAAAGCACCAUCCGUUGUCCUCAUUUGUUAAAAUAGGUGUGUUGAAUACUAAAUAUGUUCCUCUUCUUGAAGAUAACACUACAUUUUCAAUACAUGCACUUUUGUUUUCAAAUGUAGAUACUGGCAUUUUCAUUGUGUUACUUUUUAUUUUUAUGAAAAUCCAGAGCUAUUAAAAUAUCAAUGCUGUAAACAAAAUCUUUGCCUUGUAAACUGUUCCAGAUGCAGGAAUACAAUACAUAGUUAGGAUAACAACAUUUAUUUUACACUGCUAUGCAGUUUGUAAAACAUCAGUGGUAUGUAGUCAGUCUGUCAAAACUUGGCUGCUUGUUCAUAUUUGCCCUUGGAUUUUAAAAAUAUACCUCUCAUUUUCCAUAUCACGUGGUUCCCUUGUAUUUCCCUUAUAGCUUACAUAGCUGUUCCAUUCUUUGUCCUUUAUCUGAUGCCACAUUACUACCUUGUUUAAAAUAUUGUUUUAAAUCAUGCAAUAUUUUUGCAAUGUCUGUUAAAAUCUAAUAAAAACCAAUUGGAGUUUC